AUGUUUUCUUUCUUUCUUACUCUUAUUCUGGCUCUUCCCUUAGCAAUUUCCAAUUUUUUUUCGUCAUUUGGCGAGUCCACUCUUUAUUCCUUUCUCUCUGCACCUGCACCUGCUUUUGCUCCUGCUCUGGCUUCUGCUCUUGCUCCUGAUCUCACUCCUACAACUGCUCCCGUUGUGGCUUUGCUAUCUCCCUUCCUUCUGCUUCUCCAAGUAUUCCUCAAAUUCGAGUUUUUGACUUUUUCGUAA